AUGACAUUAAAGGCAUUAAGACAGUUGCUGUUCUUGCUGCAGCAGCAGCAGCAGCAGCGGCUACCUAAAUAUGCAACACCUGAUGCUCUUCCUGCUCCUCCUCCUUCUCCUGUCCCUGGAUGGGCAGAUGAUUGGAUUAUGAUUAAGACAAGAGAAAAAAAUGCUAAAUUCGAUCGGCAACGACUCCGUGAAUUGGCGGCCAAGUGGGUUUGGUCAAGCGAAACAAAAGGCCUUCUGAAAGUUCCUCGUGUAGACCCUCUGCGGGGUUUCCGCGUUAGCCGAUUUUCUUCGCACGAGCCUCCCCUGCCUGGCAGCAAAUAUGAUAAUAUCUACCUAGAUGAGGAGCCACUAGAAGAUGAUGAAGAAGACUUAGAACAACUUGCUGCUGCUCUAGAGGCGCGUGAUCGAGCAGAGGCGUGGGAGGCUUCGGAGUCUUCUUAA